GCUAAUAGUUACACUAGCUGGCUUUAAAUUUAGGCUAGGCAUAAAUCAUCUAAAUUGAGAGGUCAGUGAAAUCAAUUAAGAGUAUGUUUAAAAUCCACUGUGGCUGCAGAACGCUUGUAUACAUUAACGGUUAUCAAUGGAAAGCAUAGCUCCUGGGUCCAUAUUAUUUUUUGUCACCAUAUUCUUGUUGAGAGAAAAAUAAACAGGAAAGGAAUUCGUCAGAAGAUGACUGACAUGUACACUGGCGAAUGAUAAUGUAGGGAAUAAAAUACGGUAGCCAAUUGGGUUUAAGAAGAACGGAGGGAUUUCCUGUGCGUUACCCAAUCUUGGAGACCCCACCCUUUGUGUUUCCCGCACGGUCAAUCAAAAUAGAAACAAUUGACUAGAAUCACGGAUUGCAGCCAGCCUUCGAAUACUGUAAGCAUGUUUCGCUUGUGGUAAUACAGAGAUUCUGCGAAAUAAAAUAAUUCACGCAAUGACUGUUUAGCCAACAGUGAACGUUAGCCUGCAUGCUAGCCACAACUACAACAUACGUAGCUAGCUAGCUAAGGCUUCAGACAGUUUGAUCAACUCCACACCGCAGCUGUAAUGGAGCCCCAGAACAGCCAGUGAAACAAGAGGAAAUGGCUGCCUUGGACGUGGACAGCAAUCAAAGCGAGUUUCUGCAGCAAGACUGUGGCACAGGAGAUCAGGACACUCAGUCGUCAUCGCUCGCUCUGCUGGCAGCUACCUGCAGCAAGAUCGAGUCGGCAUCAUCAGAUGGGGGUAACGGUGCUGCCGCUGUAGUGACGACAGACCUAACAUCCAUCCAGUUAACAGGGAACCCAGAUAGAUGGGAGGUUUUGACCCCCACGACAACACGGAAGGAGGAACCUGGCGCGGUCCAUAUCCAGAGUCGGGGGAUCGUGACAUCAAACGGACAGUAUGUUCUUCCUCUCCAGAACCUUCAGAGCCAACCUAUCUUUGUGACAUCAGGAAGCGACACAUCCGCCAACACAGUGCCUAACAUUCAGUACAUUCAGACAGCUGAUGGACAGCAACUGAGCUUCUCCACCUCCAGUGAGGAGGGGGCCAUUCUGAGCCAAGAUGCCACAGGGCAGAUCCAGAUCUUGCCUGACGGAACUCAGACUAUAAGUGUGACUGGGGCUGGAGACAUCCUUACUAAUAACCAGAACCUCAUAUCACAGACUGGUCAUGUCCAGCAGAUCCAGGGUCUUUCUAUCGGCAGCUCCACCUUUAACAACCAGGGACAGGUUGUCACUAAUGUGCCUAUGGGGUUGCCAGGGAACAUCACCUUUGUCCCCAUUAGCAGUGUGGACUUGGACUCCCUGGGCCUCUCUGGUGCUCAGACUAUAGCAACAGGGGUCACUUCUGAUGGCCAGCUCAUCAUGACCAGUCAGCGUGUGGACAGCUCUGAGAGUUUGGAGAAGACAGGUGAUCAGCUCUCGCAAACACUGUCUGUAAAUGACUCGAAUGCUAAUGCAGACAUGUAUGUGCCAACGUCCUCCGCCCAGCUGCCUGAGGCCAUGGAUGAGACGGGUGUUCUAACCCAAGCCCCAGAGCAGACAGACCCCUCUGGUCUCCAGGAGGGCUACAUUCAGCAGAACCAGGUCCAGAACAUCCAGGUGUCCUCAGGCCAGUCCAUCAUCCAGCUGCAACAGGUGCCAGUCCAGACCAGUGAUGGCCAGGUGGUGCAGGCAGCAGGGGGACAGACCAUGCAGAACGUUCAGCUCAUCAACCCAGGGACCUUCAUCAUCCAGGCCCAGACCGUCACGGCCUCAGGGCAGAUCCAGUGGCAGACCUUUCAGGUGCAGGGGGUCCAGAACCUCCAGAACCUCCAGCUGUCCACCAACCCAGCCCAGCAGAUCACACUUGCCCCAUUGCAAACCCUGUCUCUGGGCCAGGGAGAAGCGCAACAGAUCCCCAACCUGCAGACUGUGACUGUCAACUCUUUGGUCCAGGCAGGGAUUCAGUACCAGCAGGCAGAGGACACCAACAGCCCUGGAGAUGUCCAGAUAAAGGAGGAGCCGGACUKAGAGGACUGGCAGCUGGGCAGUGACUCCACUCUGAACACCAGUGACCUUUCCCACCUGCGGGUCAGGCUAGAGGACGAGGAGGACCAGCUCGGCGAGGGGGGCAAGCGGCUACGCAGAGUGGCCUGCACCUGCCCCAAUUGCAAAGAGGCUGGCGGGAGAGGAUCCAACAUGGGGAAGAAGAAGCAACACAUCUGUCACAUUCCGGGCUGUGGGAAGGUGUACGGGAAGACGUCCCACCUGCGAGCGCACCUGCGCUGGCACUCAGGGGAGCGGCCCUURGUCUGCAGCUGGAUGUACUGUGGGAAGAGGUUCACACGCAGCGACGAACUGCAGAGACACAGAAGGACACAUACAGGGGAGAAGAAGUUUGUCUGCCCGGAAUGUUCCAAGCGCUUCAUGCGGAGCGACCACCUGGCCAAGCACAUUAAAACUCACCAGAACAAGAAAGGAGUUAUGAACUCUGUGAGCAACGCGGUGGUGGGCUCCAUGGAGUCCGCGGGCUCGUCAGACAGCAUCAUCACGGCGGGCGGCACCACCCUCAUCCUCACCAACAUCCAGCAGGGCUCCAGUAACUCCCAGGACAUCCUGGCCAAUGCUGAAAUCCCACUACAACUGGUCACUGUAGCAGCCGGAGAAGUCCUAGAGAUGGCCGAGUCACAGUGACACUCACUUGCUCAUCACUCAUUUUCCCUGCUUGUUUUUUUAUAUACAUGAAUGAAAUAUAUAUAUAUAUAUAUAUAUAUAUAUAU